CAAUUCGAGGGAGCAGAUGAAAACUCUGCCAUCCACCUGCAGCCAGCAUCCCGGCCGCCAACCUGCCUCCCGCCUCGGGCGGACCUGCCUCUCCCUGUCCCUCGCUUCCCCAAUUCCUAGUGGUCCAAACCCCAGACCCUCACGCCCGCCGCCAGAAACCAGCCGCCACCUGACUUCAAAUCCUCCAGGGCCCCGAGCGCCACCGCCUGACUUCAAAUCCUCCACGCAUCGCCGCCUGACUCCAGAGCCCUGCCGCACGCACUUCGACCGCGCGCCCGAGUGGACCACCGCCGAGGCCCUUGCGCUCGUCACCGCCGUGGACGACGACGGCUGGGCCCGCUCCGUCUCCGCCUUCCAGAAGUGGGCCAUCGUCACGGAGAACAUCGCCAUCUCCGAGGCCAGAGGGUCACCCUCGAGGCGCAGGGGGAGGGAGGCCGGCGAGUGCAGGCAGAAGUGGGAGGCACUCGUGGCUGAGUACGGGGCUGUGCCGCGCAGGGAGGCACAGACCGAUGGGAGGUACUGGCGCAUGGGCGCCGCGUCCAGGAGGAAGACCGGGCUCCCUGCAGAGUUCGAGGCCGAGGUGUAUGGCAUCAUGGACGCGCUGAUCCGGGUCGAUGAGGCGCUCCCUGGCGGCUCUCGGGUCGAUGCUGCAGUUGAAGAAGAGGAGGAGAAUAAUGCUGUGGAAGAGGCGGAUGAUGACGGGAGUGAGGAGGAGAUGCAGGUGGAUCAUGGAAAUGUGAAUGCUUCUGAUGAUUUGGGUCAAGGGAGAUUGAGAUGACCUACUGGAAUGAAGCUGGAUUUGUAUUAGUCGCAGCCCAUUUUCUGCCAACAUUUUGCCUUUUUAUUGCAUUGUCGUUGCUGUUAGAUCGAUAUAUUUCAUAAAGACCUGCUUUUGUAUUAAUGAAUCUCCAAAACAGAUCCUAUGAACACACAUAAUGAUGAUACAUGUUUAGCUA